AUGGAGGAUGGAUCCACCAUUUUGUUGUUCGAUUUGGACGAAACUUUAGCUCUUUCAUUUAAACCUGUAACUGAUGAAAUGAAGCGUAUAUUACUAUUUUGUAAAGAUAAAGGUUAUCACAUCGGCUUAGUCUCUGGUUCGGACUUUAAAAAGGUUGAAUCUCAGCUGAAUCCCGAGUUUUCUAAGAGCUUCAACUUUAUUUUCUGUGAAAACGGCACUCAAGUGUAUAAAAAUUGCCAAUUGGUCCAUUCUGAGUCAAUUAUAAAAUUUUUACCUGACUCUCUCUAUAAGGAUUUGGUUAACUACGUUCUGGUAUACAUUGCAAAUUUGGAUAUACCCAAAAAAAGGGGCUGUUUUAUUGAGCUUAGGAACUCAAUUAUUAACAUUUCUCCCAUUGGCCGAAACUGCUCAGAGCCUGAGCGUCAUGAGUUCUACAAUUACGACUGUGUUGAAAAAGUCCGACUUAAAAUGUGCCAAGAUUUAAAUGAAAGAUUCCGUGAUUGUGAACCUAAAUUACACUUUUCAGUCGGUGGCAAAAUCUCAGUGGACGUUUUCCCAGAGGGUUGGAGUAAGACAUUUUGUCUUAAGUUUUUAGAGGAUUACAAAACCAUCCACUUCUUCGGGGAUAUGACAGACCCAGGCGGUAAUGAUCACGAGAUUUUCAUCCAUCCUCGAGUUAUUGGACACAAAGUUCUCAACUACCAAGAUACAAUUAAACAACUUAAUGAGCUAUUCCUCAACAAAUGA